AGAUACCUGCUAGCCGCCACAACAACUUCACAAGAGGAUAUUUGUUUUUGCUUCAAACAUCAGGCCUAUUUAAGUGGAAUUACAGCCUUCAAAGAUGCUAAAAGGAGAGACUGAUAACUGGAGUGGUGCAGCAGAGUGAAGUGACAAACUUUUACAGAAGGCCCCCUUUUGUGCAGAGAUUUGGCUUUCCCCAUUAUGCUAUGGAUUUUUGCCCACAGUACGCUAUGGGAUGGUGAUUACCUUUCGUUUGAAGGAUCAGAAACAACUUAACUGCUAAAACAUGGAAUACAGUGUUAAACGGAAAGAAAGACAUUCUGAUCACCUUUUGAAAGGUGAACUACUUAAAGCAAGAACCCAUAAGUAACAAAUCUCAAAAGACAGAUAGGGACAACUGUGUCCUGCUCAUGUGAGCGAGCAUUUGAAAUGAGUUCUCUGGAAAAGCGCCACACAAGCAGGCGGGGAAGCAUGCAUGGCCACCACAAAUACUCUGAUGGCUUCAGUGACACAUCCAGUGUGGGUAGCUUCAUGGACGAGACAGAUAGGGAGGUUAGCAACCUUACUGACCGUGCCUUCAGGAGCCUGUGCAUUGGAGAGGAGGCCAUCUACAAUGACUCCGAAAUCUCCUCCCCUACUGAACGCCACAAGGCUUUUGCUGAAGAAGUCCAGCAGAAGGAAGUUUUAAAAAACACCUGCCAGGAGACUUUUUCUUAUGGUAUUCAGUACAGAGAGGCUGAGAGAAAGUCUGAGGUGACCUCAACAUUCCAGCAUUCCUACAUGGAUGUAGCACAAGAGCAGGUUCUCAGAGAUGAGCACAUGUCUUAUAUGAGCAAUGGCUCUAUGGAGGCAACAUGGCAACAGAGGAGGAGCACCUCCAGAGUGUCAUCCCUCAUCAAGGCCUUCAGCUCAAGGGAGGGUUACUGUGACAGUGGGAUUUCUGAUGCUGUACUGCUAAGGGACAAAUACAGGGACUUUAACAAUGGAUCAUGGGACAAAUCAGCUCUGCUAAGCUUUCAGAGAGAACUAUCCGAGAUCUCGUCUGCUUACCAUCAGAAUUUUAAGUCGGGUCCCUUUCAGUCUUACAGAAAUCAUUUUCAUGCAUCAGCUUCUGCGGUGUCCCGGAUGGACACAACAGCUUCUCUUGUGAAAUCCUCAAAAACAAAGUUCCAUGCACUGAACUCCACAAAUUUUUUCUUCCAUAGUGAAUUUAGUCCUUUUCAGUUGUGGAAGGAUUAUAACAGAUUUCCCUUUGAAAGAGAGGAACCCUCAGGGUUUGUGUCAGCCAGUGAGUUUCCUAGGUGGUAUGAUUCUCCUCUCUACAAAGAACUGACAACCACACAAACAUUUUCAAGCGAAGGUAGGCGGUUUAAUCGAAGAAAAAUUGAGGAUGUUGUUCCCACUCAGCGCUCUAGGUCCACAGUAAUCCAAAAAGCCUCAGCCAUAGAGAAGAGAUGCGAGUCUGAGACGGCUUCUAAUUGUCCCCCAUGGAAAAGAAAUAAUAAUUUUGUGAGAAGCAAACUCCCAAGAAAUCGGCCCUCCACAGUCUCACCAACCAAUGAGAAAGCACAUAGGCCUGAUUCUAGUUUGCUGUCUUAUAAUAGACAUACAUAUGACAUUCAGCACAAAGAAGAGAAAGUGGGAGGAAAUGAGUUAUCUGGUAGCUCAACUCCAUUCAGUAUCACUCAGCUUCUUACACCAGUCAUUCAUGGAAGACAAGAGACAGAAACAUCAGAAAUUCUCCAAUUUGCUCAUACUCCCUCUGUAUCUGAUUACUCUGUCCAGGGUGAUGUUGACCUGAAACCACUGGCUGAAGUCAAACAACUACGCGACAGCUACAAAUCCAGAGCAUCAAGUCUAUUGUUCAACCUCAAAGACAACAGAAGACGAGUCAAGAGCACAUAUAGUCCUUCUAAAUUUAAAGGUUUAGAGAUAACAGAUCGAAAUAAGCAGCCCUCAAAGCUAGAGGAUCUUGAAUCCAGGCUCUCAGAUUCUUCAGCAUCCCAAGUGACCACACAAGAGCAUUCUGCAGUACCCGACGCUUGGGAACUUGAUGUAGCCCAGCAAACUUAUGAUGUCCACCUAUCCCAAACUGUUGAGCACAAAGAGUAUACUGAUGGCUUGCAUAAUAUGACAUUAGCACAUCAGAAUGCCGCUGCUAAUUAUGAGAUUUCUUAUGAGGGCUCACAGAGUAGCUCUCUCCACCCAUAUAAACCUCCGAACAAAGAAAAUGAGUAUGGGUUCUCACCACAUAUGCUUCCAGCACAAAAUAAAAGUAUAGAGAAUUCAGAAGGUCACAUUUAUGGCCCUAAUGGAACACUUAACCCUACAAGGCCAGGAACAGAAAAUGCCUUUUCAAAAGCACACCCACUAGUGCGCUCUCUGAUGGCUCAGACGUCAGAAAAACAGACCUUGGGCAGGAGAGAAGAUAUGGGACAUCAUGACUUUAAAGAGCGACAGAACUUUGUGACAAAGCCAAAUUUUGGAUAUACCAAAAAUCAGGUGACUGAAGAAAGACUUUCUUGGGAAAACUCUGGACAUAUAAAUAGCACAAGUAAGAAAAUGUUUAAUAAUGAUGAAAUUAAAGAUUCACUGCCAUUUAAAGGAGAGAUAGCCACUUUGAUUGAAAUGGAUAAGCAGAGGAAAGCUACUGCUAAGCAAUACUUACCUUCAGCCAAUGACAGCUACACAACAGGAAAGGAAACAUACAUUAAUAAAGUGAAUGAGAACAUUAAACAAGGUAGGCUUGCAAAAGAGGAAGAGGUGCAGGACACAGAAUGCUCUUCACAGAAAUAUCCAUAUACAAGCAAGCCUGCACAUUAUAAUCCCACAAAUACAUCUUCAGCAUCUCAGAAUGUUUAUGGAUUCUACAACAAUGGUCUCCACAAAAUGUCAUUGUCUCCCCCCAAAGACUCAAAACUCACCAGAAAUUCAGAAUUUAGAAGUACAACACAUGAUGAAGUUCACUUUCAAAGAAAUAUAAAUAUGAAUAUGUAUGCUGCAAGUGAUAUAACUACUGAAAGAGGUUAUAGUCAGAAAGUACCAUGCUCUACUUCACUGGAGGAGAAACAUCAAAAGAAUGAAGGGUCUGUUGCUUAUCAGCCAUACAAAUAUGAGCCAAACAAACAGUGGCAUAUCUCAACAACUGAAAACAGAUGCACUUUAGAUGAAGUGCAUUUACCAAGACAGCUGCAAACUGAAAAGAUAUCACAACAACCGGUUGAAACACAUUAUCCACACUCUGUGUUGAGGAUACCUGAUAUUCACAAGAACAUGACCUACACAAAAACAGAUCUUGAGAAUCGACUCAGGGCUGGAGAGCACCAGCCAAAUGACUCUAUGGUUCCCAAACAGAUAUAUCAAACAAAGCACGGAGACAUGAAGUCAGACAUUAAAAAACUAAAUAUUCAAAAUACAGAGCCAAAUAAUAGUUCACAAGCAAGAGGAGACAAAUUUAGCAUUAAUGACAUUCUCUCCAUCAGAGACAACGAACAAGCCAAGAGACUUAGAGAAAAUAAACACAGUCUCAGUGCUGGUGUUAGUGAUCCUACUAAAUUAGAAAAUGAUGCUUCUGUAGUUGCAUCUGUCAUCACUGAAGAAAACACAGCUAAAAUGGAUGUAUUUAAUGUAAAAGAACAACAAACAACAGAAGAUCCAACCUCCCGCUUCAAACAUGAAAGUGCUUAUGGAUACAUCAGAAAGGAGUCACAUAACCGAAAUGAAGGAUUAGUAAAUAUUGAUACAGCCAUGAAAGACAAGGCAGGGAAAGAAAGAACACUUUCUUACAAAGAAAAAGGCCAAACCAAACAGGAAAUACUCACCUCAAAAUUGAAAGCACAUGCUCAGAAGGAGAUAUCAGCCAUUAAAGAAAGGGGACUUGCUAAACAAGGUAUUUUAUCAAGAAAUUCAAUAAAGCAAAGUACGACUGUAAACACAGACAAAGGACAAAUGAGCCAGGAUGUUAUGUCACCAAAGAAAGAAAUAACUGCAGAAAAACUCAAUCACCUUUUUCAAGACAUCACUUACUCGAGUGUAACCUCAUACAAAGAACCCAGAAACCAAGACAAGGAUGACCCAAAAUAUGAAACUCUCACAGCAGAAGAAAUGAAAUCACCUACAAGAGCCGUAGGCCCCUGUACAGAAGUUUCCCUCCCAGAGAAAAAUAAUGAAGCAGGGAAAGAUGAUAGACUUACUACUGAUGAGAAAGAAAGGACAAAAGUGCAGCCACAUACUCAAAGGAUACAACUUGAAGAUGAAAGGAUUACAGUAGUAGACAGGAACACUUUUGAAUUUAGCAGCACAGACAAUCAUAAAAACGUUAACUAUGAAACAGUUCCUGCCAAAAGUCUCUUAAGCUCUCCAGCUAUCAAGUCUCCCAAUAAAGAAGCAACAGUUGUCAAGACUGCAGGACAAACAUCUAAUCUGCCUACAGUGUGCAGUGCAGGCCCUACAGAGCAUCCAACUUUUGUGGAAAAGGGAAUGGACAGUACAAAAUAUAUCUUUGGGAAAACAACAGCUUGCAGUUUAACCUCAUACAAUGAAUCAGAGCAAGCUAAACUCUGUGAUCUGUCUGUGAACACAACAGUACAGCCCUCAAAGGUCAAGGUGGAUAACCAUACUGCUAGUAGGGUUACAACUCACUUGGAGUGCACUGACCUGGCAGAAACAACCAUACUCCCAGUGGUAAAUUCACACCAAAGUCAAAGCAAUCCUGGAAAAGAAACGCCUAUAAAAGAAGUGUAUGAAAAGAAGCUUGGGCCAAGUUCAAGACAGGUGAACUCUCCAUCAGACUGGACAAGGUUAAAAGCUGAAGCUCUCCCUGUUGAAUCAACAAUGGAAUCUGCAGAUACCAAAGCUGGCCUGCCUACAAAAUGUAAGGCAUAUUCUACAAAAGAAGGGGAACAUGGUAAAAGUGAAGAUGUUGUCAGUGAUGAUACGUCAAGUUUUGCAAACAUAAAAUUGCCAAAGACUCCAGAAGCCAAAGAAAAAGAAAAUCUAGAAUUGUGUGCAAAACAAAAUAUUAUGGUGCAAAUAGACAGCAAACCUAAAACAAAUGGAAACUCUGCUGUCCAGCAACUACAGUAUGCUGAUGCUCAUAAGGUAAAGACAUUUGAAAGUGCAUAUAGAAACAAAGGAAAUCAAACACCAUCCAACUUAAAUAAGGAAGAAAAAAUGAAACCUGUAUCUCCUGAGGUUAAUGAACAGUCUCUGCUAAAAGAACUUAAUCAAAAGAAAGAAGAGAAUAUACACUCAGAAAAAGAUGAAGCACUGGAGCUGUCUCAGUCUAUGAAGGAAAUCAGCAGUACAAACUAUCAAACAAACAGCCCAGAGGUGAAGACUGAUGCAGUCACAGCAAGCAGCGAUCAGAAAAUCCAACAAGAUGGUGAAGGACCACCAGGCAGUGAAAAUCAGACCCAAAAUGAAAGGGACCUCCAUGAACGGAAAGAAAUUGCAUCUGAAGAAAUGAAACAGUCCAACGACAAGAGUAUAGUAAACAAAAAUGACUCAAGCCCCACAGGCGCUGAAAAUGAGAUGUCACCCGAGAAGCCCCACACAGCAAAUGUUACAGUAAAUAAUAAAGAUAAACAGACAAAUAACCAGACUGUACAAGACAAGAGUUCUGAUAUCAUUAAUCAUGUGCCUGAAAGCCAGGACAUUCAUAUUCCUAGCAACGAGGACAAUGCAUCGGCAGAUGAGCCUGUAAUAUACAGUAUACAUGUAUCAAGCAAAUCAGAUGCUGUUUCAGAGGAUGAACCUGUAAUCUAUACCAUUUGCGUGUCAAGCAUAUCUGGUAAUUCUCUGACAGAUGUUCCUGUUUGUCAAGAGAAAAGCAGUGUUGCUCAAAAACAGGUAUUAACAGAGGGAGCAGAGAAAGAAGAAGAAACAUCUGGCAGUAAAAAUGAGGAAACAAAAACAGAAGAAACCGACUCUCAUGAAAGUAAAGCAAGUGAUGAUAAAAAGUCCAAAGGAUUGAUUGAUACUGAUAAGGCGGAGAAAGAAACAAUGGUAAGAAAGUAUGACUCUCCUGCAACAAAAGAUAAACAAGAUUAUCAUAGAUCAAGUGAGGUGAACAAUAUUAGUUCGUCGUAUGAAAGCCUUUUGGUCAAGUAUGGGCUCGCUGUUAGAGAGAAUAUUCAUCUCAAACCAGAGCAAAAAGAACAGGAUAAAUUGCGAGGAAAAGAAACUGAAAUACAUACAAAUAACCUCUCCAAAAAUGUACAGAAAAACUGUACAAAAUUGGAUAAUGUCUGUGCAUCUGCAUCUACAGAGACAGUAAAUAUUGAUGUCUCUGGAAAACUUGGUCAAGAAUCAAGAAAGCCUAAGCCUUUGGAAGUAGUCACUGAACUUUUAGAGGAUGAUAAAGAAAACAACCAGUAUACUUCUCGCUCAAUAACAGCUAAUGGAGGGCUGACAAAAACAGCUGCUGAAGUCAUGGCACGUUCUGAUGAAGACAAAACAGAUAAAAAACAGUUCACGCCUGAAAACUGCAAACUACAAAAUGAACAGGGUAUUACAGAAAACCAGAAGGCACCAAUAUCAGAGGUCAUGCCAAAUUGUGAAGACAAUCAGAAUACUCGGCUUACUGUUGCGUCAAAGCAGUACACCAAAAACGACAGUGUUGAACUUAAAGGGAAAAAGCAAGUUGGACAGAAAGUGAAAGCAGUGGAUUUUGCGAGAGAAAAAAGACAGAAAGAGAAAGAAAGUGACAAAGAAGAUAACAAAAUUGACAACACAGUACUAGUGGAAAGUAAGAGUGAUAAUCAAAAUAUCAACCAUCCUGCAGCUGAAAUUAGUUAUGCAAACAUAAGUAACAACACUACUGUAAUUGGCAGCCCCUCACAGAAAGAUUCAGCCCCACCUAAUUCUAAAACCUCUGACACAGUUACAGAAGACAGUAAACUCUGUGAAACUAUAGAUAAAAAAGUGGCUCAGACUUAUUCCUGCAGCAGUGUUUCAACGCAAGACACAGAAGUAUAUUUAUAUAAGCACAAACCAGACAUACCACUGGUUCAAAACAAGCAAAAGGCAAUUACUGAAAGAAUUAACGCAGAUAUACCAGAGACGGUAAGCAAAGAACCUGCUUCAAGCAAAGGCAGCAAAGCUUCACAAAACAGAAAAGAGUUUGUCUGGAAAAAUGAAUUCUUGGAUAAGGAGCAAGACAAAUUCAAGACGAGCAAUGAAUUGAAAGACAGAAAGGAAGUUGGAAUUACUGCUUUUAGUAGUAAACAGAUAGUUAAAGAGAACUGUAUUGUUAGUGAGCAUCCACACAAUAAAGCCUCUAAUGUCAUGAAGACAGACCAGAGUCUAUUUAAAACCCCAAAUAUUCCCUUAGAAGACAAAAAAGUGAAUAAAAAUGAACUCAUCGUAAACAAAGACAUUCUCACAGUGCAAGGCAACCCAAACAGUCAACAGGAACAAAUUAAGACAGAUAGUGUAAGUGCCAAAGAUGUUGUGCUAUCUAGGAAUGCAAUUUUUCAAAACACAUCUCAAAAAGUCACAGAACAGAAAUCUCUGUAUACUAUGGACACUGCAGAGGAUGGUUCAAAAAGACUUGAAAUUCAGAAAGGAAAAUUGGCACCAAGUCAGAAAGAAAGUAUGAAAAAUGAAGUCACAACAGUGAAUAAGGAAAAUGCCAAGAAAGCAUUAUAUUCGGUUAAAGUUGAGAAAGAUACUGAAGGUGAAAUAAAUAAGGGAGACAUGAAUCUAAAGGAGGGAACAGCUGAACCACAAGACAAAAAAGAUGAAGUCACAAUUGACAGUGUUAGAAAAGAUGAUGGGCAAACAAAAAGUAAGGUUGGUUCGGUGAUGGUUAAAGAUAGCAGUGACAGUAUUAGAAAGGAUGUUGCAAGCAGUGUUAAACAUGAUGAUCGCAUUAAUGUUUACCAAUAUCAUCCAGGGAAAGGGUUUCUGCCAGAAACAAAAGGAAGUCUAUAUGAUGAACAAAGCUCUGUUGGAUUCAGUCACCAUGAUGCAGCUUUUAAGAAGAAAGAGAGCACUUCCCGCAAGUCAGAGGUUACACAGAGGGAUAAGAAAACAACUAGGCCCGAGAUAUCAGCUUUAGCAGACUAUGCCAGACUGAGAGUUAUCUCUGCUGAAGAUGACAGCACUAGUGAAAAAGACUUACUUGAAAAAAUCGACACCUAUCACAAGUAUAAUUUAUCAGCUUUGGCACCACAGAAAGGUGUACAAGGGAAUCUGCCUAUGUCUAUAGGUGGCACAGAGCCAAAGAGAGAGUUGACUGUAAAGAACUAUGACAGUCAGACAACAAAGUCAUUUCAAGCCCAUGAAAAAGAUAGACCUGUAUUUCAAAGACGCAAAAUUACUGAGGGACUACUUGAGGGACAUGAUCAGCACUUACCCAGAGAUGAGACUGUUGUUCAUCCAAAACUCUCAUCACUGGCUAAAAGGUCAGAUGAUAGAGUAUUUGCUGUUAAGGAAACAGAAAGCACUAAAGAGAAAAGAUUAACAAACCAAAUUCAAUCAGAUACUAAAACGUCUUUGACUGAAAGAAGUCAUGAAAUUCAUCAGACAUCGAAUCCACAAAUUCAGGGCAAGAACACUCAAGCUGAGGGCAAGAACGUUGACUCAGCCAUGUUAAGACAACCAGUUCAUGCAAAACGUCUGGGAAAAGAUAUAUACCCUCAUGUGAAAAAUCAGGAAUCAUUACCACAAGUGACAAUGGGAAGUAUACUUAAUAAAGCAAAUAUGCAAGCAGACAACCAAAAUAUAGUGCAACCAGAAAUGAAAGAGGGAGAGAAGGUAGAGGAGCUUGAAUACUACACUGUCAGUACCACGAAAAGUGAACCAAAACCAAAAGAAAUACAGGAAACAAUUCCGUUCAGUGACAGAAUAACUUCAAAGAAAGAGGUAAAUGAAAUUCCUACAGCAUGGCCACGAUCCAACUCCUGCUCUCCAGCUAUGGGGAAACCCACCAUGUUCAAAGUGAAAGACAACACCAUCAGAACAUGCUCUGUUUCUAGAGCUGAUAAGCCACGGUUUCACCGUUCAUUCUCUGAAGAAUUCAGGAUUGGCUCCCCAAAAGAGAUCUGCAGAAGGUCAGAGAAGUGUGAGCUUGAGCAUGGUCAUGAGCACAAUCCAAAAGAGUCUGCAAACCCUCCGGUCUUGCAUGAACCAGCAGUGGCUUCACAUCGACUUCCUAGAGCAAGAGAGGUCCAUCCCCAAAAUAGUUUGUCCUCAGAGUUCACAACUGCAAAAGAACCAAGAAGCUACCAAAGACAGAGUCAAGUGUUUGAAGAUGAUGAAACUCGGUCUGUUGUCAGCACAAUGUCGGAAGACGUAGAGAGUUUUGCAGGUAGCUUUGUAGGUACAAAAGAGAAUACAUCACAUGUUUUUGAGAGGAAAAGUAACAGAGACACCUAUGUUAGGCCAGAAUCAGCUUGCUAUGAAAGGCCAGAAUCAGUUUGCUAUGAAAGGCCAGAAUCAGCCUGUAGUGACAUGAGAUCACUGGGCAAACCACCUACUGUUCCUCCAAAAAGCGAGAAGGCUCUUCGACGUGCUAAGAAGCUUACUACUCGGAGAAUCCAAAAGACAGAGGCCAAGUUGACCUCUGAGAGCCAAGGACAGCUUGAGACCAAGUCCCUCCGAGCUGUCUCCAGUUUGCCCUCUUCACCUAUGGAGCUUUUGUCGACACAUCACGCAGUACAUGCCUCACCUCCCAUAUCCCACUACCAUGUUGAGCCAAAUUAUGCACCUCCUGCUCCUAGCCUCAUGGCCCAUCCUUUCCCAAUGACCCAGAGAAAACUCUUGCAAGAUCCGAACUCAGGGCAGUACUUCAUGGUGGAUAUGCCAGUGCCGGUCAAGACAAAGACUUUUUUUGACCCUGAAACAGGUAAAUAUGUCCAGCUCAAUGUGCGCCAGAGGACCCAGGGCCUUUCACAGCCACAGCCUGUGUUGAAUCACUCAUACGUAGUGUACCCUGGUUUUCUGCCCAUGUCAGUCUCAUCCUUACCCUCCAUCAGGUCGUCAUCUCAAAUGUCAGCACCAGCCACUGUUGUGGAGGAUCAGAAUAAGCUAGAAGCAAGCAGGGAUCCCUGGAGAUCAGAGACUUAUCAGCCGAAUUACCACAAAAACACCCAAGAGUGCAACGAAGCAGUGCAUGGGACACAUGAUUCUGGCAGGGAAUCUUUGUACACUGACAGUAAUGUCAACAUUGCUUCAAGACAUACAGAUAUAAUAACAAUGAGUGAAUUAGAGGACUUUGCUAUGGAGAGCACAUGACUGAUGCUGACCAGCUAGUCUUUUCUAAAGUAAACACUGUAUUUUUAUCUUUACAGAAGUCUGAAAAUAUGAAUGUAUAUCUGACCUGUUUGCAUAAGAACCUAUUUAAGGGUUCAUUUAGUACAUUUUUCUGUUUGAAAUAGAUUUUUAAGGCUUGCGGUUUAACUGCAAUAAUUUUUUCAUUUGCGAUCUAAAGCUAUAAAAAAAGCUGGGCUAUUUAUUGUAUGACAGUGUUAAGGACAUAUCUGUGAAGCAUUCCAUUUUAAAUGUGUUUUGAAAAAUAGUUUAGCAGUGUACAUAUAUUUUAUCUCACAGUGGGCAAGUUUUAACAACUAGCUUAAAUUGCACUGCCUGGAUUCAUAGCACCACCAAAUGAAGGCAAGGCCUCCAUUAUGGAGGAAAUGAGUUGAUAAUUUCCCAGGAAUUUACCUUUAGCAUUAAAUAUAAUAAACAAUUAAAUGUUUUGUAAAUGUAAGUAAAUCAGCUUUUGUUUCCAGCCUGCACUGUACAGUUCACAGUGACUGGAACUGAAAUUGCUUAGCAAUCAUCAUCUUGAAGGCCAGAUUUAUUUCUAAAUCCCCUAACAAAUGAAUAUGAACAACAAAAAAAAGAUUUGGUCAGAAUGAUUUCAGUGAGACUCAGAUUUCAGUUAACUGAAUGUUAGAUAGAAGGAAAUAACUCUUCUUGUGUUUUAGCAGAGUUAUAUAUUUACAUGUGAGUGAAAAUUAUAAGACUUAUCCUAUAUGACUAUGCUCAUACCUUUUAAAGCAAUUCAUAUUUGUAAAUGACGGCUUUGGUGGAUUUUUGUCAAGUCUUUCAGAAGGAGAUACAGCACCAGGUUAUUAAAGACAGAAAUGAAUGUCAA